AAGCCUUCCACUCAAAUUCGUUGACAGCCUGAGAGCCAACAGCGCAUGGCGGUUCAUGACCAGAAGGUGGAUGUUUCCGUGCAGACAGAGGAGGCGUCAACAUCCCUGGCAUCUCAGUAUCCAGCCAACCUUCUGUACGCGCAGGGCAUGUUGAAUACCACCCUUCUUCAGCUGCAGCAAGUGGAACUACAGAUUUAUCAAUUGCAAGGCUAUGUGCGAGAGCACCAGCUUCGGCAAGCGCAAGCGGCGCAAGCACGGGCGAAGAGGCCAAAGAUUUUCGGCCAAGAAGCAGAGGCACUCUUUGAGGCGGCCGUCGUGCUCUCGGAGAUCACCGACGCUGCUCAGGCACACCGCGCGGCUCAGGAGGCACGGCAGGCCGCAGAGGACGAGGGCUUCGCGGAGGCCGAUCCUGGAGAGGUCUUUGCCAGGCAGAUGCAGAGGCGGAUGUUUCCCUUAUUUCUGAGGGCCAUGGUUUUGAGCUUUGUGUUGCGGCUCUUUGAGUUGGACUGGUACAUCAUUUUUGCAGGGAACUGCAUCCUUUUCAUCAGAGAGUAUUGGAUGAUUGCUGCGCUAACCCAAGGAGGAGCCAGAGCUGGCCAAGCAGGCGGCCAAGCUGCACCGCAACCUGAGCUUCGACAUCACCUGGAAAAUCAGCAGCAGCCGAUGUUGAGGCAACGCUUCAGUAUGCUUUUCAAGAUUGCUUUGCUGAUGUUCCUCAUGGAGGUGAGGUGGCAUUGGUAUGCUGCAUACUUGGUGGUGGCACUGUUCUUCCUGUUUGGUGCCUUUGACAGUUGGAUUGAGUGGUUCAAUGGCAACGGUGGCAAUGCCGACAACAACUUGGAACAUCAAUUGGAUGCCUUACGAAGAGCACAGAACCAGCCACAGAGAGAGCCACAGAGAGAGGCACAGAGCGAGGCGCAGAGAGAGCCACAGAGAGAGCCACAGAGCGAGGUGCAGAGAGAGCCACAGAGAGAGCCACAGAGCGAGGCGCAGAGAGAGCCACAGAGAGAGGCACAGAGCGAGGCGCAGAGAGAGCCACAGAGAGAGCCUGAAACUAACGAAGGCAGGGAAGCCACCACAGCAGCUACCAGAGAUGCAGAGCCACCGGAAGCUCCAGCAGAAGCUGCUCCGCCUGCCGCCCCACCGUUUUGGCAGCGCUUCAUUUACCAGCUCUUCAUCAUGUUUUUCCUGACCUUGAUGCCAUGGUGGACCCCCAACCCAAGGUAUAUGUGAGCCCAAAGCGGGCAUCUUUGCCUGAGGCUUUGGCAGGAUGGUUUCGCGAGAUCUGCAGAGGUUUCACCAAGGGUCGGAUAUUGUCUGAUGGUCAAAGUGCCACCUCAGGGGUAGUUGACGCUCAGUUGAGUGCUGGG